AUGGAAAAACGCUAACUAUUGGUGAUAUAAAAAAUAUUGGAAAACUCAUUGGAAGUUUGCUAAUUUUUGAUCAGAAAGCAAAAAUGCUGAGGUUUGUGAACGAUAAAAGUUUGAGUGGUGAGGCUCUGCAAUUUAUGGAAAAUUUAAAAACUGCUGCCAAAUCAGAUAGUCUGGCGGUUGAUGAUUAUAGAUUUGAUAUUAAAGUGAAGAAUUUCCCUAGAGAUUCGUUGGUUAUUGAAGAUGAUGAUAAAGCUAAUGUUAAAGAAUUCUUGAGUAAGUUGGAAUUUUUUGUGGGUCAACCCAGUGAAGUAGAGUUGCAGAAGAUUAUUAAAGAUGAGAUGAGAGUUUCGUUUCAGUUAACUAAAGAUGAAACUGAAGACAGUUUUCUCAAGAUAAGAAAUAAAGCCCUAGAUUAUUGGAGAAAAGAAGGGAAAAAAAUGUAUUUAAAAAAGGAUGAUGAUUUCCUUAAAGAUAUAGUUAGGUUUAAUAUUAAAUUUGAUGUAAAAGAGCCUAUACUUUUAUUUACUGGGAGAGUUGAGAUGCGACAAGAGUUGCAUAGGAUAUUACAAGAUGAAAGUAUUAAGAUACCGCGGGUUGCUUCCAUAGCUGGUCUUGGGGGUACAGGGAAAAGCAGUUUAGUCAGAAAAUAUGUAAGUGAACAUAGUGAUGAAUAUAAUGGUAAUAUAAUUUGGAUAAAUGCUCAAAACUAUCAGACUCUAUUUGAGUCAUUUUAUAGAUUGGCUAGGGAUAACUUACAAAUUAAUGUCAAGUGUUUAGAGGGAGAGCAAAGGGAUAUAAAAUCUAUCGUUGGAGACGUAUAUGCUUUUUUUGCUAAUAGAAAGAGCCUUUUUAUUUUUGAUAAUGCCGAAAAGCUUGGAAUGCAAAAUGAUGAUGAAGGUAUACGUAAUUUUUUACCGUCAUCUAAUGAUAACAAACCUUAUGUUCUUAUUACCUCACGUAAUCAGAAAUGGGGAGAUAGAAAAGUCAUAUCAUUGGGCCCAUUUACUUCAGACGAAGCUGCCAGAUUCAUUUGCACAGCACUAAAUAUAAAUAGUGGUUCACAAGAAAAGCAAAUUAAAGAAUUAACAGAAAUAUUACAGUAUUUUCCUUUGGCCUUGCAACAAGCGAUUGCAUACAUAAAACAAAGCGAUGAAGAAAUAAAAAGCGUAUAUUCAGAUAAAGGAUUUGAGAUUGAUGACUAUCUUGAAGAGUAUAAAAAGAAAGCGAAAGCAUUACUUAACUUUCCAUUUCCAGAUGAUAGCGAUAAUCAAUACACUAAAACAACGUUUACAACUUGGCACACCACCAUUCAUAAAAUAGCAGGUAGCAAGAAAUCUGGGAAAAAUGCUUUAGAAAUACUAAAUGUCAUAGCAUAUUGUCUACCAUACAACAUUCCUAGUAAAAUGUUUUUAAAGAUAGAAAAAAAUACAAGAAAAUUAGGGGCUGCUGUUCAGUUAUUAAAGAAGUAUUCUAUGGUAGACUUAGAAAAUGGUGAAUUAAGUGUGCAUAGAUUAGUACAGCACGUAACAAGAAUAAAUCUUAGAGAUCAAAAGAGAGAAAAGGAUACACUGAAAAAAGCUGUUAAGCUAUUUCAUGAUGGUAGUAAACAAAUCGACCUAUUUGCCAAUAAUCUUCGAGUAAUUAACGUAGAUCAUGCUUUGUCUAUUUGGAGUUACAUAGAUAAAUACAAAGAUUUGGUGAGAGAAUUUUGUAGUUUACCGACUUUAAUUGUUAGUCAGCUACACGCAGAUUUAAGAUUUGAAGAAGCUCACUCGUUUGGGAGCAAUGUAUUAAAAUUAUUUAAAAAAAUAUUGGGCAACAAUGAUAUCGCUGUUCUGUCAAUAAUGAAUAAGGUAGCGUCUGUAUUAUAUGAUCAAGGUAAAGAUGUUGAUUCAUUAAAUAUUUAUCGAGAGUUAGAGAAGAAAUCAUACAUCAUUAAUAACUUAAUACGAGGGAGGUGUAUGUUUUUUGAAAUCAAUAUAGGACUAAUACUGGACAGACAGGGCAAGCAUGCCGAAGCAUUAGAAAUAUUUGAAAAAUUGAAAACUCAGGCCAAAAUAGAUGAUGGCAAAAUAAAUCAUAAUAUAGGUAUAGUAUUAGCAAACCUAGGCAGACUUGAUGAAAGUUUGGACAUGUUGAGGGUCGCUCUUAAGAAAAAAGAAGAGAUGCCAGAUCCUGAUUAUGAAAGUAUUUUAAAUACAAAAAGUAACAUUUCGGCAUUUUUACAAAGGCAGGGUAAAUAUGAAGAAGCACUUGAAAUGGCGUGGGAAGUUUAUGAUGAAAGGAAAAAAAUACUUGGGGAAGGGCAUCCAGAUACUUUAACCACUUAUUGUAAUAUUGCUUUUGUACUUAAGUACCUAGAAAAAUACGAAGAGGCUUUAAGAAUUAGCAUUGAGGUUAAUGAAAAACGGCUAGAGUUACUUCCAAAUCAUCCACGCACGUUUAAAGGUAUGUUACUUACAGCCGAAAUAUUUGAGGCACAGGGCAAUUAUGACAAAGCACUUGAAAAGGUUAAAGAGACUUAUGAGAAAAGAAAUGCGUACCCAAAAUAUGUGAAUCCUUUUGAUAUUUUUAAAAUUUGGUAUCGCUUGGCUGUAGCACUUGUUAGCCUACGAAUUUAUGAUAAGGCUCUGAAAGAACUUUAUAGGAUUCACGAAGAAAAAAAAAUAUUGAAACUAAGUGAUCUGCAAAUUUUAGAUACUGAUAGCUUAAUAAGUAAAGUACUUCAAGCACAGAAUGAAGGUAGACUGGAAGAAGAUAAAGGUGUUACACCAUUACACCUUGCAGCACAAAAUGGGCAAGUGAAUAUUGUUAAUAAUUUAUUAAAUCAGGGGGCUGCGGUUGAUGCUAUUGAUUAUGAGAAAGGUGUUACAUCAUUACAACUUGCAUCACAAAAUGGUCAUGUGAAUGUUGUAAAUACUUUAAUAAAUAGAGGUGCUCAAGUUAAUUAUAAAGAUAAAAUGGGCUGGAUGGCAGUGCACUUUGCAGCGCGAGGAGGGCAUUUACAGGUUAUCAAUGAUUUAUUAAAUCAAGGGGCUGCAGUUGACGCUAUUGAUUAUGAGAAAGUGUUUACACCAUUACACAUUGCAGCACAAAAUGGGCAAGUUAAUAUUGUUAAUACUUUAAUAGAUCGGGGAGCUGAUGUUAAUUCUAAAAAUAAAAUGGACUCGACGCCAUUGCACUCAGCAGCGCAGGAAGGGCACUUGAACGUUAUCUUGGCUUUAUUAAAUCGAGGUGCUGAAAUUAAUGUUAGAAUUAUUGAUUCCGGUGUUACACCAUUACAACUUGCAUCACAAAAUGGUCAUGUGAAUGUUGUUAAUAAUUUAUUAAAUCAGGGGGCUGCGGUUGAUGCUAUUGAUUAUGAGAAAGGUGUUACAUCAUUACAACUUGCAUCACAAAAUGGUCAUGUGAAUGUUGUAAAUACUUUAUUAAACAGAGGUGCUCAAGUUAAUUAUAAGGAUAAAGUGGGCUGGAUGCCAGUGCACUUAGCAGCGUAUGGAGGGCAUUUACAGGUUAUCACUGCUUUAUUGAAUAAAGGGGCUGAAAUUAAUGUUAGGACUAUUGAUUAUGGUGAUACACCAUUAGAUCUUGCAGCACAAAGUAGUGCCAAUGAUGUUGCUCAGAUCCUACAGCUAACUAAAGAUUUAUUUACCACUAUGGAAAAUAAAAACUUAAGCGAAAGUGACAAAGUGAACAAGCUUAAAAAGCAUAUAGAAAAGGGAGCAAUUCUUGGUGCUGUCAACGAUGGUUUUACGACAUUACGCGUUGCUAUUAAAUAUAAUUUUGAACAAAUUGUUGAACUUUUAUUAGAAAAAGGAGCUGAUGCCACUAAGGUGACUCCUGGUAAGGGUAAUACAGCAUUACACAUUGCUAUUUUGAAGGGUAACAAGGAAAUUGUUGAACUUAUAUUAAAGCAUGUUAGCGAAGUAGUUGGUUCUAAUGAAUUAAAUAAGUUUAUUAAUACUCAGACCACUAUUAAAGGUACUGCAUCAAUUCAUAUUGCAGCUCAAAAUGGCUGUUUGGAAGUUGUAAAAUCUUUGUUGAAAUAUGGUGCAAUUUAUAACAUUAAGAAUAAGGAAGGUAAAACACCUAUUGAACUUUCUAGCGACGUUGAUAUUAUUAACCUAUUGACAUUAGUAGAAAAACUGUUUGAGAGUGCAAGAACGGGUGAUUCAGAGGUUAUUAGUAAAAAGCUAAAAGUAGUAAAACCGGAUGAAUUUGAGGCUAUAACAAAUGCUUGCAAUGAUGAAAGCUUAACACUAGUGUUGUUUGCAAAAGCCAAUGGCCACACACACCUUGCAAGUCAAGUGAGUGCUUUGGUGUUACAGUUAUCUCAAAUGGACUUACGUUCACAAGACGUGGAACCCGGAGUAAGUGGUUUGGAGCAAAGAGUAUCUCGAAUGAAACUCUAAUGAUUAAAGUGUCCAGAUUAAAAAAAAAAUGUAUCAAAACUUGGUUAUAAAUACGUACGAUUUUAGAGGGUUUUAAAAAUGUGCUAAAUAAUACAAUAAAGAAUUAGAAAGGGUUUGAAAAAAGAUAAAGAUCUGGUGUCUGCAUUUGUUGAUGUUAAUCUAAGAGUUAAGAGAAAUACGCUACUUCAUUGUAAUAAUAUAGUGUGGAAAUUACUAAAGAGCUUAUGUUACAUGGUGCUGAACACACAAAAGAUGAUUGUGUGUAAGAGUUUUCAAAUGAGUAUAGAAUAAAUAAGAAAUAGCCCUUCACUAUAUUCAUUUGUUACAAAAAAUGUCAACAGACACGUUCAGCAUACAUUAUCAGUUCUUUUGGAACUGUAUUAGCGAAAAUCCAAAAUUAAAAUUCUGAUUGAGAGCCAAUGUUUAAACAAACGCCAAAAAUAUCUGUUACAUUUUGUGCAGGGAUCAAAUAAAACCAAUACAUUUAUAUACAUACAAU